AUGAUUAAGACCAUUACACGGCAAAUUUCUGAUUUUGAGGGUCAAAAGCUUAGUGAAUUCAUAUCUCAAAUUACCAUUGGGUUGUUUGCGAUAAUUGGGUUUGCUUAUGGAUUUCAUUACCAAGAUCUAUCAGCGACCAUGAAAAUAUAUUUAGGCGGAAUUAUUAUUACUGCUUUCCUCACUUUACCACCUUGGCCAUUUUAUAACCUACACCCAGUUCAAUGGCUUCCUGAAAUUUCAAAUAAAGAAACAGAAAAAGAUGUAAAAUAA